CCUCUAUAUCUUAUCUUUUAGCAUUUCUCUUAUUCGCCAAUCUUUCACGCUAGUGUCAAGCUAGUAGCGAGAAUUCCUAAAAAAAAAAAAAAUAUGUACUUUUCGUUAAGCACGACACUCUCCCUUGUACACUCUCUCCUUAUCCUCGUCCUACUCUUUGAUACUCCUCUGGCGGCGAGGGAGAGGCAGCGACUUCCGGUCCCGGACGAUCGCCUACGAACUCUAGCGACGGUAGCGGCAUCACAGCCGGGGACAUUUAUUAUAAGAGAAACGGAGACGUAAUUGAGGUCAUUGAGUGUAUUCUGUAAGUGUGUAGAGAACUGAGUUCUGGGAGACAGAGUCGAAGCUAUUUAACCGUUUAGACACUAGUCCCGUUUAGGAAGCAGUGUCUCUCACUCAAAGUGCCUUCCGACAACAACAUUAACUUAUGCCGUGCACCCAACGUGCGAUAACUAUCCGAUGCGUCGAAAUCUAGACGAAGCUCUAGGAAUGGCUAGGCUAGCGUAUGAAGGUCUACAAAACUUUGAGAUGCUACCAGCGCACCUUAAGUUUGGCUAUCGAAUACUAUUCCAACGCCUAGAACGUGGCCAACAGAAUCCGACAGAAGAAUUAAACAUAGUCACCCGAACAAUGAGAAAGAUCGCCACCUUGACAGAGACCAGCAGACCGGCAAGCGCAGCUAUGAUCAUCUUCUGCGAUGAUUCCCGCUGGGAACGGGAGGGCAAUCGUGUCAAUGUCGAUGUCCAUCGUACGCGAUGGAAGCCUGACCGCGAUUCCGAUGAGCGAGUGUGGGUCGAUAGCGUGUUAGGAACGAGAUGGGCUGAAACACCAUAUUGCCGUCAGCCCUUCGAUGGAGAACUAGAAAACCCCUACAUGUACUACUACCCCUCGCCGCCUAAUAAUCCCGAUCAGGUCGUAGUCUCAUUCUGCGGGAAUCAAUGGCCCGAGAACAGCUGGGACCUUAUCCACGACGGAGAUCUCAGUAUGCCUAUUGAUGCGCUAACUAUGCAUAAUCUCCGUGGCACCUUUCUAAGUCCCGAACUCCUCUCAAUGUUUUUGAAUUCGAACCUUUUUAGUGAUGAGAUGAGGGGAGAUAGUCUUGACUGGCCCCAAGUUAUACAAGUGAGGCGCCAACAGCAAAUUCGCAGUAGAGAGAACUAUAUAUUUUUUGCCAUUCAGUUUCUCGUAGACCACAUGGGCUUAAUGCUUGAGCCGGUACCAGAUGGUGUCCUAAAUGGGAAAGUCAUAUGGAAACCGACGUGAGCAUAUACAAUCGGAUACAAUCCAAGGUCCCAGAUGAGGAUUGUGUGAUUAGUCACCCUAAAAGUAAGGAUUGAGCUUGAAAUCUAUACCAAGGGAUUGAGAUUGUACCGUCUUGGCAAUCAUUUUGAGGCGUGGAUUGAGCUUGUAUUCUCUAUUGAAAUUUUGGCCCAGAUUGAGAUUGCGCAGAUUCAGAUUGUAUAUGCCCAUCUCUGCAUGGAAAUAAGCGAUAGGAAAGGAGAGAAUCAGAGGUGGUAACGAGCGAGGGGCGACUAGGGGCAUGCGAAGGAACUCAAAGGACAAAAGUAACAAUAAAAAGGCUCAUAGCUUAAGGAGAGCUAUUAAUCUAAAGAUGAUACAGG